UAAUUGAAUCAUUGAUUAUAAUGUGCUUUAAAUGUUUGGCAUUUGAUAUUAACUUCACUUUACUAUAAAUUUUAAGUUUUGUUGAUUUCGGAUAAACUUUCAAAUGAUUUGAAUGACAAUUGUAUUGCAAUCGGAAAACAAUAAUAUUAUCAAAUGGUUUGAAACUGUGAUUACAUUUCAUAUAAUACCUGUAUUUUAAUAUUAAAAGCAAAUAAAUUGAUAAAUAGUUUACAAUACAAAACAUGUUUGUUGUCAUCAAAACAAAUCAAUGAAUGCAUUGAUUUAAGGCGUGACCACUCAUGUGAUGACAUGACAUGACAUCCAUGUGAUGAGCGAUGACUUCUUUAGAGGAAGAGGUUUCCAAACAUAACAUCUUCAGAGAAGUACAGUUCUCGCUCUGUGAAGAUGUUAAUCAAUUUGAAAAUGUGAAGAAGUUAUUACUGUCGGGCGGCGCCAAGUUUUUCAAUUACUUGUCCGACAAUGUAACUCAUUUGAUCGGUGAUAAUGCUGACCACCAUUUUGUGUCAGAAGCUGUCGAGAUCUAUGAAAUAACAGUUGUAACCAGUCGAUGGGUUUGGUUAUCAGCGAAGGCUUCCUUACUUUUACCAACCGCCGGUUUUUCGCCAUUCAAGAAUCAACUCUUCUCAAACAUCAUUGCCUGUCCAUCUAAUAUAUCGGGAAUUGAUGCUCAAACACUAUGGGCAAUGAUUACAUACUAUGGCGGCUCAUUUCGACUACAAUUAGAGCCAAACUGCACUCAUCUUAUAUCAACAAAACCCGAAGGAUUAAAGUAUAAUAAAGCGGUCGAAACCAAAGAUGAGAUUAAAAUAGUUACACCCGAUUGGGUCAUUGAUUCAGUUAAGAACAAAGCGCUCUGUGAUGAAGAUUUAUAUCAUCCACGACUUCUCAUAUUUAACAAUCAGUCAUUCAUUUCGGCCAAAUUAGAACUGACUGAUACUUCCACGCAUUCUUUAUCGACAACAACCACUACUGUCACUUCCAUACCAUUGACAUCAAGUACUCCACAACUUGCAUUAAGAACUGUUUCAUUGCCAACAACAGCAAUGAUAACAACAUUUUCAAUCGCACCGCCACUUCAAGCAAGUCCCACAUCAGUUCAGGGCGGAAGAGUUCGAGUAUUUUUACCACCACAGCAUCAGGUGAGGCUCAUGCAAAUGAAACAAAAUCAAAUUAGACAAUUAGGACAGGGAGUUGCACCUCAACAACAAGUGGUUCAAAUGAUUCAGAGACAUCCAUAUGCUCUAUCACAACAUUCUCAGCAACAACAACAGCAACAACUACAACAAUCAGAUCCAAAUCAACCAUUAGAUCCUAACCAACAGUGGAAUACAAAUCAACAAAUGAUAGUACAAACCUCUCAAACCGGUGCACAAAAUACAUAUACAACUCAACCUAUUCAAGUCAUUUCUCAAAAUUCAACUGAUUUGACAAAACUGAGACCAAUUAAUACAACACUUAUGGCUGGACAACAGCCCCGACAGGUUUAUCUUGCAGUUCAGCAAACAAGACACCAACAUUUUAUAGGAAUGUCUCAACAAUCACAACAGAGACAACCAUCUAAUAUAUUAAUACAACAAAGAGGACCAAAUGUACAAUCAGUUAGACUACAACAGGGACAGCAGCAUCUCAUACAACUUCAACAAAGACAACCAAUUAGUCUUCAGUCAGCUCCUUAUGUUAGAACACCACAACAACAUAUUAUCAUACAACAGCAGAACCAACAGGCUAUUCAAAGACAGCUUCAGAUACAACAACAACCACAACAACAAGUAUUACAGUCAAAUCAGUCUCAACCAAAUCAGACACAAAUUGUACCACAAAUUCAACAGAGAAUGACCGCUCCGCGAAUACCUCAACAAUUUAUUCAACAAAACCAAAUAAGAGGUCAACCAAUACGAGGACCAUUAGCUCAACAACAAAUCAUAUCGAGUGCAAUACAAACUGGACAACCAAGAGUCUACAUGAAAGGUCAACAAUAUGCAAUACAAGGACCGCCUCAACCACAACAACAGCAGCAACAAUUUGAUCCACAGACACAAACCCAACAUCAACAACAAUUUAUUAGAGCACAGACACCUCCGGGUCAGAUGCAAUUUAUUAGAGGUCCUCAAUGGUUAUCUCAGGAUCAACAAGUCAUUCAGCAACAACAUCCACAACAACAACCACAACCUCAGCAACACUUAGUAUCUAUGAGACCGCAACACAUUCUUGUAACUCAAUCACCACAACCUUCACAACCAACUCAGCAACAGAUAAUACAAUGGCAACAACAAGAAAUUCAAAGACGACAACUCCAACAACAUCAAAUACAACAAAGAUUUCCAUUGUCUGCUGGUGUAACACCCGAUAAGGUUAGGCCGAUUGUGUCUGUCGUAAGUGUUUCUUCUUCAGCCAAUACAGAUAGUGGUGCGACUGCAGCGACUUCGACCUCAACCGUUCGCAAUGCGCAAACACCGCAAACCAUUAGCCCUAAUAUAGUUCUCUCGAACAGCCAAACCAUACCAAAUACCAAUACAAUCUCUUUGUCAGCACAAGUAAACCCAGUAAGCACUUCCAACACUACACCGACUACUGUCACUUCUCCUAUAGUAAAUCCUAAAACUAAGACAGCUUUAGCUAAUAUGCUUAAUAACCGACUUCAAAGUGGGAUUACCAAUCCUAUCACUACCAGAGGUGACGGAACGACCACAUCUAAUAAUGGCUCCCCUACUAGUGUUUCCAUUUCGGGUUCUCUAUCUCUUUCCUCUUCUACUUCUUUGACAAAUAAAACAGGUUUUGGUUUUAUUGGAUCUCCUGGUGUGGCCAUGGGAUCAAAUAUAAAAUCUGAUGAUUCUCAGGCCAAUCAAUUGAUGCAAAUAAGAUUUUAUGCUUACGAACCAAACGUCCAAAUUCCUAACCAACGGUGCCUUUUAGGAUGUGUUUUCCAUUUAUACGGAUUUGAAAAUUUGGUUGAAAAGAAAUUAAUUGAUUUAUGGAUUAGUAAAUUAAUUAAAAUGGGUGCCGAAGUUGAGACCACAUAUACUUUAAAAUGUACACAUGUUUUAUGUGACAACACUAACAGUCCAUUCAUUCAAAAGUGUAUAGAAGAUGGUAAACGAUGUGUAACAGUGUAUUGGAUCAAUGAAGUGAUGGCAACUAAGAAGAUGUUUCCUCCGAUUAAAUUUUAUCAUUUGCCCCAUUCUUUUGGAGACAUCAAGCCCUGCAAGAAUCAUAUCAUAACAAUGUCUAAUUUUGAAGGCGAAGAAAGAUUAAGAAUAAAGGAAAUGAUUUUGAAAACAGGAGCCAAAUAUACCUCAUAUUUGACUCAAAAAAAUUCUGUAAUUAUAUGCAAACGUCUUGAGGGCAACAAAUAUAAAAAAGCAGUUGAAUGGAGACUCGCUAUCGUCAACACACUCUGGUUGCAUGACGUGCUGUUCGGCCAAUUGGAACCGUUACAACUGUCAAGUAUUCACAAGAAAUAUCAAAAUUUUGAUUCAAAAACCCCGUUAAGAAUUGAAUACUCAACUGUUCAGCAAAUGAUGAACCCAUGGAGACAACCUGUUCGAGUGUCUGAAGAUGUUCUCAAGAGUGGAAUCGCUGAGAUUAAUGAACAAAAACAGGAUAAAAAAGACACAAAUGGCGAAUCUGAUACCAAUAACAACGCUACUACUACUACUACUACUACUACUAAUAAUAAUAAUAAUAAUAAUAAUAAUAAUGAGAACACAAUUGAUGAUAAUAAUAUAAAUAGUAGUACUGCUAAUAAUAGUAAUAUUAAUAAUAAUUCCUGCAAUAAUAUGGAUGAUAAUAAGAAAGAAGAUGAUGAAAAGAAGAGGUCGUUUGAAGAUAAUAGAGAGGAACCAUUGAAUAAGAAGCCGAAAGUUGAAAACGAAAUAAACAAUACUCCGUUAACACCAUUGACUCCAAUUGCUCCGAUGACUCCCAUUGUUCAGAUGCCUCCCAUUUCCAUCAAAGAAGAAAAUAUUUUUAAUAAUUUAUUGCCUGCAAUACCAUUACCAACACUUCAAAUAAAUCCAGAAACCAACAAAAAUAUCAAAGUUAUGUUUACAUCAAUAAAAGAUUUAAGUCGUAAAGAGUUGCGAUCAAUUGUUAUUAGUCUUGGAGGACGUGUCACUAAUAAUAGCAAUGAUUGUACGCAUUUAGUGACUGAUCGGAUCGUACGAACCGUUAAAUUUUUAUGUGCCUUUGGUUCGUGUAAAUUCAUAGUCACGUGCGAUUGGGUGCGAGAGUCUGGAAAGCAGCACAAGUUUGUCGAUGAAAAUGAUUACAAAUUGUCUGAUCUAACAGCAGAAAAACAAUUUGGCUUCAGUUUAGAGCACUCUCUUAGUAUAAGAAGUGAUCAAAUUUUUAAUAGUCAUGUCUUCUAUAUCACCAAUGGUUGUAUUCCUUCACCCAAAGUGCUCAAAGAGAUCAUUGAGUCAAACGGCGGACAAGCGGUCAUAACGAAGAGGCCAACUAAAAGGCAAUUACAAAGAAUGCAAGAAAAUGGUCUAAAAUUUUUAGUUAUUUCUUGUGAAAAUGAUCUCCACUUAUGCGAUAUAUUUCAUGUCCGAGAAGUUGACGUUAUGAACGUUGAAUUUAUUUUGUCGGGAAUUCUUAAACAAGAACUUGACUUCGAGUUGUAUGCAUUUAAACACAAUAUAUUAAAAGAUAAUCAAAUAUAAUAAUAAA